AUGGCUGGUAAAGAAGGCCUUACACCGUCUGAAAGCGGUGCAACCACAACAAUAAGUAAAACGCCAAGAAGUGACGAGAAAGGGCCUCCAACAAGCACAGAUCAGAGCCUGACCAGAGUCGGAAGCACUGCACCUGAGGAAGGAGCAAGCGGACCAAAGGAGAAGGAGCCGACUUCUACAGGCGGCAAUGGAAAUGCCGGUUCUUCAACAACGGUACCCAACGAUACGGCUCACUCUUCAGCAACUACGAGUGGGAGUGUUUCAGAGGCGUCCUCGCCACGUACACACGGGGCAGUAUCUUCGAAAUCGCCUCAAGCAAAAAUAGACCGAGUAAGUGGGAGACUCAAAGUCGAGAAGGGGUCUAAUGAAACUGGCUCGUCGCAGGCAGUAGUCGGUACAACCACAUCAGCGACCGAACGACCACAUUCGGCGAUGGACAGAAUGACAUCGCCUACCGGCCGGACCUCAACAGAUCCACUUGGUGAGACCACUACUGCGAAAAGUGGUCUUUCAACAGAGUCGACAGGACCGGUGACUGGAGCUCAGGAGAAAACGAGCAAAAGCACUGGAGAAGAGCGACAAGGUACUUCCACACCAUCCUCAACAUCAGAGGGUGCACACGUCACCAGAGAGAUCAGCUCAACCACUGAUGUCCACGGGCUACCAACCUCCGAAGCACCAUCUGAGGUGAGCGGACCUCGCGAUGAAGUUGAUGUCACCUCAACACCAGAUGCACAACAGUUGCGAACAAUCGAACCUGGCUCGUCAGAGGUCACCAAGUCUGACGACAAAGUCAGUGUGACUUCUGAAUCGACUCCACCGCAUGGCGAUAGAACAUUGACCUCUGCACUGCCUUUUGGGUCCACAGAAGCUGAGGUUACCUCAGAGCCGACUUCGACGAAUGGUCAGCAUUCGGCGACCCCUGAAAUUCCUUCCAAGGCUAGUGGACCAGGCGAACGAAUCAAAGCGACCUCCGCCAUAACAUCGCCCGCUGCACAGCAGUCUUCCACUGUACCCACUCCUGAGACCAGGGAACCCAAUGAAAAUUUGAAAAUUACGGAAGAAGGAAGUGUGCCCACAGAGUCAACCCUUACGAAUGCCCAUGGACUCGUCACCACUGCUUCACCUUCCGAGGUAACUGGACAAGGUGAAGAAGUGAAACUCACUUCAAGCCAGGCUUUACCUGACGCUAACCGAGCAGUAACUUCCCCAUCACCUUCUGGUACCACAGAAAGCGAUGGUUUCACUAGACCUGUUGGUGAGACUGAUGUAACUUCAAGAACAACACCUAAUGUUCCGCAACCGGAAACAACAGGUUCCUCUUCUGAAGCACCAAUCCAAUUCACUGGACCUGGGCAAAGGAUUGACGUCACUUCAAGUCCCACUUCAGCGGAGCAGCCGGGCACACCUACUACCGAAGUUAAGCAGUCUACCCCUCCUGAUUCAACGUCUGAGGCUACUGGACAUCGUGAAAAGAAACCGGUCAGUCGCACUCCACAGCCAUCGAUCCAAGAGCCUGAUGGGAAAGAGAAUGUAACCCCGAAACCUACCCAACCACAAGUUCACCAGACAGAUGCACCUGCACCCUCUUCUGAAGCACCAAUCCAGUUCACUGGACCUGCUGAUGAGGGCCAACACCGACUGUGCCGCAUUCCGCCACGACAGAGCCGUCCUCUGGACAAGCCAGUACAAUUUACUGGACCAGGUCAGGAGGUUCGUACUACUUCAGAUCGUACUCCAUCGUCGCAUGUCACAAAGCCUGAUGAAGCAGAUAACGUGACUUCAAAACCGAACCCACCGGGCGGUCAGCAUUCAUCGAGUAAACCACCUGAUACCACAAGACCCGAACCAUCUCCAAAGGUGGCACAACCUGACGAGAAAGACGAUGAGUCUUCAGUCCGAAUGAUGCCAACCGUCCAUCAACCGCUCACUUCCACGGACAGUUCAAGAGCGUCAACUGAACCCAGUGGUUCUCAGAAAAAGGCCGAGAUAACCUCAAGGCCAUCCCCAAGUGCCCAACACUCAUCCACAUCGGAGACGCCUUCUUUAGCAUCUACUCGAGUCACUGGACCACAUGAGGGAGUUGAUACUGUUUCAAGUUCAACACGGCCAGUCACCUCUGUACCGUCUUCAGAAUUCACAGGACCUGGUGAAGCUGCUCAUGUGACUCCAAAACAAACAGCUGGACCUAUGAUUGUGAUCGAUGGAGAAAUGAAUCCUGAUCAUGUACACCCAGAAGGCGUACCAGGAUCCAAGCGAACACCUAAACCCAGCACUGAUGAAUCUCCAUCCGGUACACAUGAGGGGCACAAGAUUACUCCAACCCCGGACACACAAGAUAUCCAUAAGCCGUCGCCCACGAAAUCGCCCUUAGAACCUGAAGACGAAGUAAGUUUGACUCCGGAAUCGGACCUUACGAAGGCUGAUGAAACAGAUGCUCCUGGACCUACAUCCAAAUCAGGUGGAGGGAUCAGUAUGACUCCACGACCACUCAUCCCAGAUCAGCACCCAUCCUCGCUUGAACCGUCCUCCGACCAACCGAACAGAGCCACUGGACCACACGGAACGUUCACUCCAAGUCCUGAUUCUCAGAAUACCCAGAAGUCUCCUGCUCCUGGAUCGUCUUCCGGACCUGGCGAAAGGAAUACCCAGAAGUCUCCUGCUCCUGGAUCGUCUUCCGGACCUGGUGAAAGGGUUAGCGUUACUCCAAGGCCACACGUUGGAGAAAACGAGAAACCAGACUCUCUUAGACCAGCGAGGGUGACCCCACAACCGAACCUUCCUGGCAAGCAGCCAUCUUCACCUGAACCAGUUCCCGAGCAACCGAGCAGAGCCACCGGGCAACAUGGAACAUUCACUUUGAGUCCUGAUAUUCAAAAUACCCAGAAAACUGCUCCUGUCUCGUCUUCCGGACCUGGCGACAGAGUAAGCGUUACUCCAGGGCCACAUGUUGGAGAGAAUGAGAAACCAAUCCCCGAGCAACCGAACAGAGCUACAGGACCGCAUGGCACAUUCACUUUAGGUCCUAACGCUCAAAAUACGCAAAAGCCAACUGCUCCUGGCUCGUCUUCUGGACCUGAUGAUAGAGCAGGCAUUACUCCAAGGCCACAUGUUGGAUGA